GGAGGUUUGAACUAGGAUUGUGGCGCCUCAUUGGACCUGGUGUUCACUAAAACAAGUGAUAACCUGGGAUCCCACACUAUUGGAGGUUUCGUGGAGAGCUUCAGCCGGAGCCUACAUUUUUGCAGCAAUGCCCAAUUUAGAAGAGCUGAAACAAGUGGUCUGCUCCACAUUGCCUGGACUUUCAGAGGAAACACUUAAGAAAUUGGUAGAUGGAGUUGUUGCUGUUGGUGUGGAGACCCAGGCAGAUCUUCAGUUUGUGAAGGAAGAAGACCUGCUGGAACACCUCAAGCCAAUCCAGUGCCGCAGGCUUUUAAAUGCUUGGAAAUGUGAAGAACAUGCAAGCUGCUCAACCCCCUGCCGCUCAGCACAACCAACCCUCUCUGAUGUGUCAAGCCCAUCAUCUUGGAGCCUCUCAAGUUCCCCACUACAUUCUCCAUGUACCACAUCUCCUCCUUCUCCUGCUGUCCCUUCGGCAUCUUGUACAUGGGCUGAAAGUUUUAAGGUGCCUUGGGAAGUAAUGCCCUCGGGUAUUAGGUUGGCCAUCGCAAAUAAAAAAAGACCAUCACCUGGUGAUCGAAGGCAGCUAAUAAGGAUGGUCGUGGAUGCAAUGCGAAGAUAUGAACUCAGUCCAACAAGAGCGCAGUGCCAGAUUGUGGCACAGAACAUUGUUAAGCAGUACCCAGAGAGCUUUAGUGAUGUUUUGCAUGACGGUAUGAUUGUAGGUAGCGGGCAUGGCUCUAAUGCUGUUCCACCCUCGUCCUUGUCCAGUUUGAAGAGCUCAUGGCCGUACCUGUUCUGUCUAAAGGGGCUCUCCAUCCACUUUCAGUUGCUUACAGAUAUCCCUUUGCUCCCAAGAAUUAUGGAGGGCUUUGAGGUGAAAGGAAAGAGGAUUCUACGAUUCUUUGAAGAAAAGCCAACAAACGAUGAGGUUCGUGCCAUUUUGUUGAAGUCUGGACAAGAAAGUUCUCUGGUUCCAUGCAUUUUGCUGCUCUUGAUGGCCCACUUUAAGGAGAAAUCUGAAUCUCUUCUUCUAGAAGCUGAUGUGGCAGCGACUGCAGCAGAUGUCCAAAGAACAGUUGCAUUACCAGAUUCACCCAGGCUGAUUAUCCAAGGUGACAAAAUGAACCCUGAGAGGUGGAUGCUGUCAGUGGAAGGCGAGAUUGUCCUGGGGUCAAAUUCAAACACAUUUGUUGAAGGCCUUGCUGCUUUAUUUGCGACAUAUUACACCUUCAACCUAGAGUAUCAGGAGGGAGCGGCAUCCACAUUGGAAUUCAUUCAAAGAGGAAUUGUGGGUAUUAACCCAGGAACGGGAUCAAAGGUUGGUGCUGGAAAGCGGGAAAAGAAACGAUCUGGAAUGAAUCCACAUGUCUGCACUCUGCUCAGGAAACUGAUGGACUUUGAGUGGCUUUGUCUUUAGGAAAACUUGGUGCUAUUUGCCAAAAGAUCUGGUCAGUACAUAGUUUUUUUUUUUCUAAAUAGAAGUUUAAAGUUCAGACAUGUAGCUUAGUGUUGUCUUUGUGUUUUAAACAGUUGCUUCAGUCUGUGCUCUGCUCAGGAAAGUAAUGUUUUGCUGUUUUUUUCAGAAUAUACAGCAACAAAGUACAGCAUUUUUUUUCAGCCAUUAAAUUUAAAUAUUGUCACUCUAAGUUGGCUUUUCUUUAAAGUAUUUUUGAUACUCCAAGACACUGAACAGUUUCAGCACUAGAUUUGAAAGUGUUAGAAGUACUUGCUGUUUUCUUUAAGAAAGUUGAAUGUUUUUAUUUUGCAGUGGGUAUCUCUGCCACGCAAAUUUAUUUUUUGUACUUGUAAAUUUGGCCAUGUGCUGUUAUAGUAAAAUAAGUGAAAUCAAAAUUUUGUGUGAAGUAAUUGUCAUUUAUGGCUUAGUAGUAAUGUAUGACAAGGACAUGUAUGUCAUUAUCAACGGGCUACUAAAGAUAAAAAAUUGUAUUUAAUAUUAAGCGGUGUGAUUUCAUGUGAAGUAUGUAGUUAAUUCAGUUAAUAAGUAAUGCAGUUUCAGACCAUCUGCAAGUCACUUGUAACCGUUUACCUUAAAGCAUCAGAAACUGAGCUGACUGUUACAAGUAAUGUAAUCUUGGCUAUAGUUUUUCAGACAAUACAUUUACAAUAGUUUUACUGUAGACAGAAUUAUUUUUACUGUCAUUUAGAAUUAGGAAGAUAUUAAAGUUAUUACUGUAAUUUAAUAUUUAUUGUACUCUUUAGCUUUAAAAACAUGGUUAAUUUUAUCGUAGAUAUACUGGAUUAUACUGUCUUCUUUGCAGUUGUUACUGGGAUUUUUCAUUCUGUAAAAUUACAGCAAAAUAAUUUACAGUACCACGCUGUAAAUUUACAGUACCUUACUGGCAAUUUUAGUUGCCAGUAACUUACUGUAAUUUUACAAUAAAAUAGGUUUUAGUGCACCGCAUAUAUACAGGAUCAUACUGUAUUUUUACAGUUAUUACAGGGAUUUUUAGUUCUGUAAAAUUACAGUAAAAUAAUUUACAGUCUCAUACUGUAAAUUUACAAUACA